UUCUACGAGUAUGUACAUGCAGCUACUUCCUCAAUUUUAGAUCUUGGGAUUGAUAGUUUCCUCUUUUAUUUUGCCGUUUUACUGUUGUGUCAUUCUUGAACAUUUGCUAUAUUCUCCAAAUUGAGUGCUCACAGGUGGAUGUUUUUGGAAGCUGGUUGUCACUUCACUGACUGAUUUGCCUAAAUAUUGGUAAUAAUUAAAUGAAACUUGAUGAGAGAUUGAUAAUUCACAGAAUGGAUGCAGAUCAUUAUUUCAAGGGUAGAACUCCUUUUUUCUUAGCUUAGUGAAAAUGUUUUCAAAACACCUUCCAUCCUUUCACUAAAUUGUGCUUGAAUAUAGUUCUGACAAUUCGUUAGCUCGGACAUGAGGAUUGAAUCUGUUUUUAAAACUCAACUUGUUUUCUUUCUAGGAGGCAUACAUUAAUUCAGUAUGUCACAUAGGUCCCCCUUUAAUGUUAGACUAGAACACAUGACUUGCUAAAACAGCCUUUGUUCAUGCCUUAACCACCUAUUUGAUUAUUUCACGGAGACGCAAAGAUGGCGAAUGACCUUUCAGAUCUUCGGUUUGUUGAUUUUAUGUUCAAUUAUUAUGUUUAUAUAUGCACACGGGCAUAUUAGCAAUCCAUGGAGAAUCUGGCGAUAAAGGUGCCCUUUACGGGGAUAGGUAUCAAGUGCUUCUUCAGAGGCUCGCUCGUGAUAAAUAUUUCUCCAAGCCAGCCUUUGAGACUGAUGACUGAAAAGGAUAGUUGUGAGGUAUUUCUCCUAAUGUGUGAUGUGUUUAUUCUAUUCUGGAUUGAUUUGCGUGAUCCCAAUCCGUUGCAGUUGUCCGGAAGAACCUUUGGUGCGGUCUCUUUUGUUUCUUGAUAUAUUUUAGUUUUCGUAUAUGGAAUUACUUAUAAUAUUUUGCCUCCUUCAUGUACAUAACUUCUAUAGUCUUUAAUUGGGUGCACUGGGCGGAGAUGGAUUAUGGGGGUCAUAUCGCAGUUGAAGGAACGUCCGUUCUACUUGGAGGAUCUUACUGGAGCAGUUCCAACUGACUUAUCAAAUGCAAUAUACUGAGAAUCAUUGUCAUGUUAUCUUAAUUUAAUUUGGUUCUCUUACUUUAUUACAGUUGUAAUUGUAACAUUAGCGAAUUGUCCGUAGCAACGCACAGGCGAAAAAAUAUCUUUUAGAAAAUGUGAAAUGGAGCGAACAGCCGUGACAGCGCACGGGCAUUUUGGCUAUUACAGCACAUAAUAGGAGUAUAAAAAUAAUCAUAAUUAAAUAUGCUGGGCCCACGGAAUCUCCGACAGAUUAACAAAAUCAAAUCAAUGUAACUGUAACAAAAGCACCGUGCGCGACUCAGUUUGGUUGUAAAAAAAUAAAUGGGUUAAUUUGUAUAUGCCAAUUUCGUUGAUUUCAAAGAAUGCCACUAUAAUUUUCAUGUUUUCAAAAAUGCAAUUGCAAAUCUGCAUCAAAAAAUUCCACUAGUGACAUUUUUCAAAUAAUGAGAAUUUCACUAGCUUUUCACGAAAUCGCCAAAAUUACGGUGCCAUAUAUCAAAUUAGCCCAAAUUAUAUUGUCAUGUAGCGUUGCUCUUCUGAUGCAUUCGGUUUUAAUCCAUUCCUGCUCGAUUUGGAUUCACGUGCAAUUUUCAACUCUUUCCUCAGGUAGCACGGGGUCAAACCGGCGGCCCCCACCGCCCGGGAUUCGCCGGCACGCACCGCAUUCAUCCACGCGUACACUUGGUCCAUGAACACGGUCCAUACGCCAGCGUACUCCAUCCCUACUUCUCGCUUACACGGCAACAGCAACAUCCCCCUGCACCGAGCCCGCGCAACCCUACCCCGCCCGCACUCACGGCGCCCACGCGGUAUUUUGGGCGUGCUGCUUUUUAGGAUUUUUAUUAUAGAAAAAAAUAUAAUAUCUUAAAAACUAAGCGCAUUGGUUCGAACGAAACCGUCGAUUGGAAUAACGCAAACACGUCCGGCUCCUUCCUUUUUGGCUUUGGCUCCGGCUUUGGGAGUUUCCAGUUUCCCUUCCCUUUUUCCCCUGAGCCGCCCUCCUCCUCUUCCUCCGGCUCGCUCUCCCACGCCGCCCGCGCCCGACCACCUCGUCGCGCCCCGGGCCCCUGGAUUCCUAGGGUUUGGGCUCGCGCCGUCGGGUCGCAAUGCGGAGGCCACCGGCGGCGGCGGCCGGCGCGUCCUCCUGCCGCCGCCGCGCGGUCCAGGGGUUCGUGGCGCUCGCCUUCCUCGCGUACGCGCUGCUCGUGCUGUCCCUCGGGUCGCGAGGGGCCGCGCACGCGUCCCUGCCCGGCGGCAAGGGGUCGGCGUCGUCGCGGCCGCUCCACCUCGACGGCGACGGCGAGCGGGGCGCGCCGGCGCGGCCCUCGAAGCGCGCCCACCGGGAGACCCUGGAGGCGGCGCCGGGGAUCGUCUCCGGGCUCGACCUCCGCCGCCUCAAUUCCUCCCGCUCCGGCUCGCUCCGCAAGGUCGCCGCCGAGGCCGCGGCCGCCGGGGCCCGCGUCUUCUCCGAGCUGCAGGCUCUCGCGGGGACCCUGUCGGCUUCGUCGGACGAGGAGGAGAGGAGCAAGUGCCCCCACUCGAUCGUCCUCACCGGCGACGAGUUCCGGGCGAGGGGGCGGGCGGUGGAGCUGCCGUGCGGGCUUACGCUGGGCUCGUACAUCACCGUGGCCGCGACGCCCAACGCGGCGCACCCCGAGCGGGACCCUAAGAUUACCCUGCUGAAGGAGGGGGACGAGCCGAUCAUGGUCUCGCAGUUCAUGAUGGAGCUGCAGGGGCUUAAGACGGUCGACGGGGAGGAUCCACCGAGGAUCCUCCACUUCAAUCCCCGCCUCCGUGGGGACUGGAGCGGCAAGCCUGUGAUCGAGCAGAACACCUGCUACCGCAUGCAGUGGGGCACCCCGCUUCGCUGCGAGGGCUGGAUGUCCCGGGCUGACGAGGAGACUGUGGAUGGGAUGGCGAAGUGUGAGAAGUGGAUUCAAGACGAAGGGUCCAAGGAGUCAAUGACAUCAUGGUGGCUGAACCGGCUCAUUGGGCGGACGAAGAAGGUUUCUGUUGAUUGGCCAUACCCAUUUGUGGAGGAUCGCCUGUUUGUUCUUACUCUGACUGCUGGAUUAGAGGGUUAUCAUGUGAAUGUCGACGGCAGGCAUGUCACAUCAUUCCCGUACCGAAUUGGGUUUGUGCUUGAGGAUGCGACUGGCUUAUCUUUGAAUGGGAACCUUGAUGUGCAAUCAGUGUUUGCUGGGACUUUGCCCACUACACAUCCUAGCUUUGCACCGCAGAAACACCUUGAGAUGUUGCCAGUUUGGCAGGCCCCUCCCUUACCAGAUGGACCGGUCGAAAUUUUUGUCGGUAUCUUGUCAGCGGGUAACCAUUUUGCUGAGCGUAUGGCUGUGAGGAAGACAUGGAUGUCUGCUGCCCAGAAGUCUUCGAAUGUCGUGGCCCGAUUUUUUGUUGCGCUGAACGGCAGGAAAGAAGUGAAUAUGGAGUUGAAAAAAGAGGCAGAGUUUUUUGGGGACAUUGUUAUUGUGCCAUUCAUGGACAGCUAUGAUUUGGUUGUUCUGAAGACUGUUGCGAUAUGCGAAUAUGGGGUCCGCAUCUCUGCGAGAUAUAUAAUGAAGUGUGAUGAUGAUACUUUUGUUAGACUUGAAUCAGUAAUGGCUGAAGUGAAGAGAAUACCGAGCAGUAAAAGUCUUUAUAUAGGGAACAUGAAUUAUCGCCAUUAUCCAUUGCGCAAUGGGAAAUGGGCUGUUACUUACGAGGAGUGGCCAGAAGAGGAUUAUCCAACAUAUGCAAAUGGUCCUGGAUAUGUUAUAUCUUCUGAUAUUGCAGAUUCCAUUGUAUCAGAAUUUACAAACCAUAAAUUAAGGCUUUUCAAAAUGGAAGACGUAAGCAUGGGAAUGUGGGUUGAGCGAUUCAACAAGACCAGACCUGUUGAGUAUGUGCACAGUGUCAAGUUCUGUCAAUUUGGAUGCAUAGAUGAUUACUACACUGCGCAUUACCAAUCACCAAGGCAGAUGCUAUGUUUGUGGGACAAGCUGCAGGCUGGGAGACCAAGGUGUUGCAAUAUGAGAUAGCAAUAUAGGAACUGGUGGUAUUCGACCCUUUUUUUGGCAUUACUAAUCAUCCAUAUUUGCCGAAAGGUAAGCUGAUGAUGCUGACCCCGAGAUUGAAGGAAUACUUUAUGGUGGUAAUUUAAGCAGCUAGAAGACUAUCCAUUUCACUAGAGAUGUCCGGGGCGAGUUUCAGCUAUAAAAACUCAGGGAAUGAACAGCCAGCUUGCAGGGCUCCAUUUUUUAGAGCUCUUCUUCCCCGCUUAUUUUUAUAUAGAAGAAGCUCCAUGGGCUAACGGAACUGCUCAAGGACUUAAGUUGUAAAUGUGAAGGGUAGAAAGCUUAGGCAAGUGGUAUGACUGGUUGUGGUUGUAGUCUUGAACAAACAGCCCAUCAGGCACUGAAGAGGAAUCUUGUCAGGUUAUACAAAUUCUAUUUCGCAACUUCUCGACUAAACUGGUUUUGAUAUCA